UCUAAGUUCGACCAUCAAGCAGACAGGACGCUUUUCGUUUGGCUUCAAGGAGUUCCCCUUGGCAAAUCAUAAUGGAUGACGAUACGGAAGUCUUCAACGUUAAUCCUGAAGAAGUUUGGCUGGAACAGAUAGCAGUUGGUAGAUUUCGUAUUUGGCAUAUUAUAGCCUCUGUUCUAGGCAUUUGUUUGGGAAUAAUGAUUAUGGUCUGUUGCUGUAUUAGAUUUCGUAUACCUCGAACUAAACAGGAAAUCGAAGCGGAUUAUCAACGUAAACAGAUAACAAAGAAGUUUCGAGAGAAAUUACAACAGAUUAAAAAUUCCGAAAUGGAUGACAUGGAUUUGCAGAAAGCACUUGCUUAUAUCAAAUCGGAUGCAUAUGAUAAUUCUGAUCCCUAAAGGACCAAUUUGCGAAUCAUCAACUACUUUGUAUAUAUCAAUUAAAUCUACAAAAAUAUAAUUCCAAUCUUCAUCCAAACACAAAACUUCUGUGCCCGCAUUCAGAGUGAUUAUAUAAAUUUGAAAUCGAGUGUCGAGAGUCUGAAUGAGAAGCAGAAUGUUAAAUUUAAAAUAUAAAACAGUUUUUUCCUACAAACUGUUGUACGGCUUCACUUCUAUAUCUAAGACUAACUGUUAUAUGAAACUGUUAUAUACUAAACGAUAAA